AUGCCCACUAUCUCGCCUCCCCAUCCGCCAAUCCCCGCCUCCUUUGAGUACCAUAUCUUCACGGACUCCAUAAUAAGUCUGCUAUCCUCCAUUGAAUCCCUGCCGCAAAGCAGCCCAGAUCUGAACCCUAACCUCGCUAAAGCCAAAUAUCUCCAAAAGAUGGAGAAUAUGGGCCCAAUAUCGCAGGAGAUGGGGGAAAAGGCGUUGGAUCCCACCGGAGAUAGGGAAUUACGAGUUAGAGAAGGGAGGGAAAAAUUUGGGUGCCAGUUGACUUCAAAAUACCAAGGAGGGCAGCUUCUUUCAUCACCAUUCCGACACCAGCUCGGCGGCUCGCCUUUGCCGUGGUUCCUCGCCGCUGCCAGGGAGGAGGAAGAGGAGGAGGAGAAGAUGGACAUGCUGUGGGAGGACUUCAACGAGGAGCUCGCGAGCGUGCCGCCGCUGUGCCCGCUGAGCCCUGUGAUCAACAAGGGAGCGCUGGCGAUGAAGGAGGCGGCCGGCUGGCUCGGCGGCGACGGCGACGGCGACAUGGUCGUCGUUGAUCCAGAGAAGCACGGCAAGCAUCCCCGCCCACAGCCACAGGACGGCAGGGUGGUCCGGCGCCGGAAGUGGAGCCUGAGGCUGAUGCUCAGGCUCCUCAAGAAGCUGUUCCUGGUCAAGAAGUCCAGGAACCCGAGAACUGCACCUGCACCCAUCUGA